AGGAAUUUUCUGGAAAGGUUAGCAAGAAAGGGACAAGAGAGCGGGGGAGAAGCAGUGGUGAAGACACGACUACUCAUUUGACGACAGAACUCUUUCCAUUGCCCGGUCCGCAUUAAAACCGACCUUGGGACGCUGAAUCCAGUCAGACAAGCAUCUCUGUCGCACACAGAUUUCCUUUAGCAAUGUAUAUGUCCUCUCGUGGAGCGGCACUGUUUUUUUCUCUCUAGGCACGAUUAAUUGUGGCCACUUUCAGACAGACUGGCAUGUCUGACGGGUGUGUUCCGGUGCUUCUUUGCCACAUUGUGCCAGUUUCAUCGAAGGCCAGGCCACCUGCAACGAGCACUCGUCUCAAGAGAAAGUCCCAGCUUAUUACUUCUCUCUACUUUAUUUGUGAGUCGAUAUGGUGAAAACCAACUUACAGGCGCUCGAAGAAGUAAACAAAACGCAGUACUGCAGGCUUUGUGUCUUCGUGUGCCGCUGAAUCGCGGCUGGUUCGCGCAUCGACGAACAGACCCUGCGACGAGAAAACGACGGUCCUUCGAGUUCUGUCAUCCUUCGGCUCACUGCCACUUUUCAACGAAAAGGAGGCAUUUAUCCUGCUCGCGAAUCACGGGAGAACCAUCUACACAGCUUGCCUGAAGCGCAACACCCAACAGUCGACGAGGCAGUUGAAGAGGAACACCAAGCGGAGCGCCAGGCCGCUGCAUGAGUCCAGACACGUUUCGAGAACCCCCAUUUCUCUUAACGUUUCUGGAACCUCAAAACCUCGUCAAAAUGACGUGGACUCCUAAGAACGUCGACUCGGCGCGAGCGUCCUGCGCGGCUGAUGAAAAAACACGCCUUCUGGCCCAAUACAAAGACAUGCAAGCUCUCCGUCGAUGCCGCCAGUCGAGCACCGUUCUUCCUCCUGUCACUCUCUCCGACGAACCGGGGACUUGGUCAUAUGACACCAUGAACUCGCGUCUGCGGAACGACAUCCUGAAGCGCACGUUUGCCGAGAACAAAGAGUUUCUCGAAACCCACCCGGAAUGUUUACGGCGCCUGCAAGCCCUCGAUGCCGAAAUGGCCAAAUCGCUCACAUCGCCGCUCCAGUAUCUACCUGAAAACGAAGAUUCGGAGAAAGAAGCGAGAGGGAAUAAUGCGUACGCUGUGGACGUGGAGUCCGCAGAUGUUCGGUUCUGGAACAGUUCCAUUCUGGCGAACUGGGUUGAAGUAGGCGCGACAUGGGCGACCGCUCCGUGGCUAAUAGCGGAGUUGUUUUUUUAUCGACGAAUUGCCUACGCUUUUCGCCACUUCACAACUCGUUAUGAUCCGUUUGAGAAACAGAAGCUUGCUGGCCUCCGAGGAUGUGCGCCGAUGCUGACUCGGUUUGGGGAGUCCCUAGGACGCAUGCACGGAGCAGCAGGCUCCGCGUCGAACGACCCGCUAGUGUUCAAGGCUGGCCUACGAAGUGCCGUUCUUGGCGCUCUUCAGGGCAACGCUGCUGAUCUGAGUCUCUGGCCUUGCAGCCAUCAGGAGGCAGAAGAUGAGAUCGGCCCAGAAACGUCCGCCUCGUCCACGAUGGGUGAGGAUCAGGAGGACGCCUCCCGCUUGCUCUGCGACGACUUCGAGGCCUUCUUCAAGGACGUGCAGACUCUGGUCGCUUCUGGAGUCUCAGCAGAGACACGCGACGGAGACACCCGCCACCGCACCGCGUUCAUCUUCGUGGACAAUGCGGGAUCCGAAGUCCUCGCUGAUAUGUGGCUUGCAUGCGUUCUCUUGGAAUACGACGUUGUCGACAAAGUCGUCUUCUAUGUCAAGCAGUACCCGAUCUUUGUGAGUGACGCGAUGCCAAAGGACUUUGAGCUCACCUACGACUGGAUCCAGCGACAAGCCACCCCCGAGAGACCCUCUGUUGUUGCGCUGGCAGAUCUAUGGCGGUCGUACGUGGAAAGUGGCAAGUGGGAGGUGAAGGCACACACUUAUUUCUGCAUGCCGUUCGAGUACUCGGACAUGCCAAGCAAGCUUUUCGAGGAGUUGCGCGACAGUGCCGCGGUUGUCAUCAGCAAGGGCGACGCCAACUACCGUCACAUUCUUGGCGACCGUGCUUGGUCAUUCCAGACUCCGUUUUCCGAGGUGGCCCAGUACAUGCCCUGCCCGCUGUUGGCUCUCCGUAAAUUAAAGGGGACUAUCGCGUGCGGCAUUCCAGCAGAAAAGGAAAAAUAUGCCCAGGAAACAGACAAAUGUUGGAUGGUUAAUGGGAAAUGGGGCGUAAUCCACUACUACACUCCUCAUCAACAAACAGGAACGGCGACAUCAAAGCAUGAUAAGUCAAAUUGUACUGCUGCGAUAAAAAGCGCAGCUCCCGUUUGAGCGACGUAAAACGUCGACUGUCAUACACUGCGGACAGCUUGUGCUAGGUGAUGUGAUGCUCUUUAUUUUUCUCGGCCGUUCUCUUUCCAGGGGAAAUGCGCCGUUAUACCUGCUUCCGCGUAAGGUGCAAGCUCGGAAUUGCUUUCAUAAUGCUUCAAGUUGACGUGGAAACUUUCGUCACACGCUGGGUGCCGCGAGCAGCACUCCUCUUUUCCUUGCUCCGGAGCCAGUUGGAGACAGACGCAGCGAAAAUCACGAACAGUGACACGGCGACACGGGACAAGAGACGUAGACUUGCAGGUGUUGCUGGCCUUUUAGCGAUACAUUGUUUUCACAAACGGCCAGUACCGCACGCUUUUAUUUUAAAUGAAGCAAAGCAAAUACACACAAGCGCGUAAAUUGAAGAAACACGAUUUUUUCUGGAAACGUUGAAGUAUCCGAGAUUGCACUGCUACAGCGAAGUAACGAAGAAAGAACCCCCAGAGGGGACUAAAAAGUCAUCAAACAAACUAUAUGUAGCAACUGAUCCCGCUUAGUGAGCGGCAAUUAGGCAACACAGGCAACAGGCAGAUGCUUCCCUCGAUAUCACUUUACCGUCAAUGCCUUUUAGCAUUUAGCUGGAAUUUCACGUUUCCAUUUUGAAGCGUAUUCUCAUUUACCAGGACCUGCGUGAAACACGUUCCAAGCAAGAAAGAGAUCCCGACUAGAGCAUCUACAACGCUAUGCCAAAGAACCCCGUUGACGGCGCUGCCGAGACGACUCUGAUAUCCCUCAGUGUGCCACUUUCAAGAAUCAUACGCGCAGAUUCAAAUAUCGCAGGGGGACCGUCAUGGUCAAGGACAGAUCCCCCUUCUCUCAACAGGGUAAAGUGGACCUUCUGCUGCCAACUACCAAAGAACAGAAUACGUGGGAUCUGCAGCACUCAGCAGGUUCGAGGUUUCAUCUGCAUGCGCCAUGACGCAGUUCGGUGGCUCGGUAAACCACCACACAAGUCUAUUGAGUGCUCAGAGACUGAUUUCUCUGAUUCUAAAACGUGCAACAUCAAAAUGUCCACUCUGCCUUGUAACACACUGAAACACGAGUGCUGGGUAGUUAGCACUCCAACCGUGUACAGAGAUCGAACACCAAAAGCCUUUGACGACGAG